AUGGGCGGACAUUUCGUGCAGGGUCACGUGGAUGGCACGGGGGAGAUUGUUUCUAUGGUUCCUGAAGGGGAUUCUCUGUGGGUGAAAGUUAGGGUUGAGAAGGAAUUGCUGAAGUACAUUGUUCCCAAAGGAUUUAUUGUCGUGGAUGGGACUAGUUUGACUGUGGUUGAUGUUUUUGAUGAUGAAGUUUGUUUUAAUUUCAUGCUGGUUGCUUAUACUCAGGAGAAGAUUGUUGUUCCUUUGAAGAAAGUUGGUCAGAAGGUGAAUCUUGAAGUUGAUAUUCUUGGGAAGUAUGUGGAGAGGCUUCUCAGUAGCGGGUUUGUUUCCUCCAUUGCAGCAAAGGUUGAUGCUCUCAAACUAUGA